CCAGAUAAAACGACAGGAGAAGCAGCAGGAUUUGAGCAGGUGUUAGAACUUAUAUUUUAUUUUAUUUAAAAAAUGAUCAUUUAAUUUGAUCAACUCACGGAGGACUAGAAGUGAUGCCUUCUUUGAGAGGGGGCCCAGAGGUCAGGCAGUGUCUGCUGCUCUUGCUUCCUUUCCUCGCAGCCUGGGAGGCAGGGAACGGCCAGCUCCACUACUCCGUCCCCGAGGAGGCCAAACACGGCACUUUUGUGGGCCGCAUCGCGCAGGACCUGGGGCUGGAGCUGACGGAGCUGGUGCCCCGCCUGUUCAGGGUGGCUUCCAAGGACCGCGGGGACCUUCUGGAGGUAAAUCUGCAGAAUGGCAUUUUGUUUGUGAAUUCUCGGAUCGACCGGGAGGAGCUGUGCGGGCGGAGCGCGGAGUGUAGCAUCCACCUGGAGGUGAUCGUGGACAGGCCGCUGCAGGUUUUCCACGUGGAGGUGGAGGUGAGGGACAUUAACGACAACCCGCCGCGAUUUCCAAUGACAGAAAAAACUAUCCAGUUUUCCGAAUCUAGGUCGCUUGACUCAAGGUUUCCUUUAGAGGGAGCCUCUGAUGCAGAUAUCGGAGUAAAUGCUCUUCUGUCCUACAAGCUCAGCCCCAGUGAGCUUUUCUUUCUAGAUGUUCAAACAAGCGACGAACUAAGCCAAUCUCUGUUUCUUGUGCUGGGAAAAUCUCUGGACAGAGAGGAGGAUGCGGAGGUGAAAUUGUUACUGGUAGCUACUGAUGGAGGCAAGCCUGAGCUCACCGGCACUGUUCAAAUACUCAUCAAGGUGUUAGAUGUGAAUGACAACGAACCUACUUUCCCCCAAUCCGUUUACAAAGUACAGUUGUUAGAGAACACUGCAAACGGAACCUUAGUGAUGAAAUUAAAUGCUUCUGAUGCAGAUGAAGGAUCAAACAGCGAGAUUGUGUAUUCACUCGGUAGUGAUGUGUCUUCCACCACACGGACUAAGUUUCAAAUCGACCCCAACUCAGGAGAAGUCAGAACUAAGGGAGAGUUAGAUUAUGAAGAAAGGACAUCCUAUGAAAUCCAGGUCAUUGCAUCUGACAAGGGAACCCCAGCGAUGUCAGGACAUUGUAAAAUUUCAGUAAAACUUGUGGAUAUCAAUGACAAUACGCCAGAAGUCUCAAUAACGUCUCUCUCACUACCCGUGCAAGAGAAUGCUCCCCUGGGUGCUGUCAUCGCCCUCAUCUCAGUGUCAGAUCGUGACUCGGGAGUCAAUGGGCAGGUGACCUGCUCCCUGAGUCCUCAUGUCCCCUUCAAGCUGGUGUCCACUUUCAAGAAUUACUAUUCUCUCGUGCUGGACAGCGCCUUGGACCGGGAAGCCACAGCUGACUAUAAGGUAAUGGUGACAGCGCGGGAUGGGGGCUCGCCCUCGCUACGGGCCACGGCCAGCGUGUCUGUGGAGGUGGCUGACGUGAACGACAAUGCUCCAGUGUUCGCUCAGCCCGAAUACACCGUGUUUGUGAAGGAGAACAAUCCACCAGGAGCGCACAUCUUCACGGUGUCAGCGAUGGAUGCUGACGCACAGGAGAAUGCGCUGGUGUCCUACUCGCUGGUGGAGCGGAGGGUGGGCGAGCGCUUGCUGUCUAGCUAUGUGUCUGUGCAUGCGGAGAGCGGCAAGGUGUUCGCUCUGCAGCCUCUGGACCAUGAGGAGCUGGAGCUGCUGCAGUUUCAGGUGACUGCGAGGGAUGCUGGUGUGCCUGCCCUGGGCAGCAAUGUGACUCUGCAGGUGUUUGUGCUGGAUGAGAAUGACAAUGCACCCUUGCUGCUGCCUCAGGGAGCUGUGGGAGUUGGCGGCUCAGUGAGCGAGCUUGUACCUAGGUCAGUGGGUUCGGGCCAUGUAGUCACCAAGGUGCGUGCCGUGGAUGCGGAUUCUGGUUACAACGCGUGGCUGUCAUAUGAACUGCAAUCCACAGUGGGCAUGCGUAGCCUGUUCCGCGUGGGUCUGUAUACAGGCGAGAUCAGCACCACGCGAGCCCUAGAUGAAGUGGAUGCGCCACGCCAGCGCCUGCUAGUGUUGGUGAAGGACCAUGGUGAGCCUUCGCUGACUGCCACAGCCACAGUGUUAGUUUCUCUAGUUGAGAAUAGUCAAGCUCCAAAAACUUCAUCAAGAGCGUUGGUAGAUGCUGCUGGCCAAGAGGCGUCUCUGGUGACUGUUAACGUGUACCUGGUCAUCGCCAUCUGCGCGGUGUCCAGCCUGUUGGUGCUCACGCUGCUGCUGUACACAGCGCUGCGCUGCUCAGCGAUGCCCACUGAUGGAGCCUGUGCUCCGGGGAGGCCCAUGCUGGUGUGCUCCAGCGCGGUGGGGAGCUGGUCAUACUCGCAGCAGAGGCGACAGAGAGUGUGCUCUGGAGAAGGCCCCCCUAAGACUGAUCUCAUGGCCUUCAGCCCUAGCCUAUCCCAAGGUCCGGAAUCAGCAGAAGAGAGACAACCACCCUUAGAGGCCGAAUACUUAGGAAAGCCCCGGCAGCCCAACCCUGACUGGCGCUACUCUGCCUCGCUAAGAGCAGGCAUGCACAGCUCUGUGCACCUGGAGGAGGCUGGCAUUCUACGGGCUGGUCCAGGAGGGCCUGAUCAGCAGUGGCCAACAGUAUCCAGUGCAACACCAGAACCUGAGGCAGGAGAGGUGUCCCCUCCGGUGGGCGCCGGUGUCAACAGCAACAGCUGGACCUUUAAAUACGGACCAGGCAACCCCAAACAGUCCGGUCCCGGUGAGUUGCCAGACAAAUUCAUUAUCCCAGGAUCUCCUGCAAUCAUCUCCAUCCGGCAGGAGCCUGCUAACAACCAAAUUGACAAAAGCGAUUUUAUAACCUUCGGCAAAAAGGAGGAGACCAAGAAAAAGAAGAAAAAGAAGAAGGGUAACAAGACCCAGGAGAAAAAAGAGAAAGGGAACAGCACGACGGACAACAGUGACCAGUGAGGCCACCAAAUGGAAACAAGCCACUUAGCCAGUUUUUGUAAUAAUGGCAAAUCUCUCCCAUGUAGCAACUCCCCGCUCCUUUCUCCUAUGACAUGAGCCCUCAGAAAUCUGCAGAAAGUUCCCUGUGUCUGUCUUGAUCGCAUUUAACAGGUUUUGUCUUAAAAAGCUUUCCUAAGUCUGGUGUUAACUCUCUCUCUCUCCACUCUGGCUUGUUUUCAGAACCUAAAAAGCAGACCCAGGUUUCCUUUCUCCCCCGCCGCAAAGGAGAAGCUUCCCAGCCCCGCCAGUGAGAGUUGGACUCUCUGCCCUGUGCUUCAAGCAUCCUGUCUUGAUGAUAUUUGCAGGGCAGGCUGAAAGGUAUUCAGGUUGAGCAGUUGGGUGUUUGUGGUCACUGGGUAUGUGUGGCUACCAAGAGUGUUGGAGAGCCUGGUAUUGGCUGGGAUGGUCCAGAUUAGACUAGUUAACACAAGGAGGGCUGGGGCUCAAAGGCACAUCAACACCGGGAGUCUUUCAUCUGGAGGGGGAAAAUGUGAAACUUACAAGGACCAGACUUUCUCAAUCUCUCAACUAGACAUAUGAUGGCCAUCCUCUAACAGACAAAACCAUCCCCACCGGCAAAGCUUUAGGAGCCCCUCAAGUGUGCUGGCUAUAACAUCACUGUAUUCAAAACCUGCAGUAUGCACACGAGCCAGCAGUUCAAGCGUUUAACAAGAGGGUCGGCCAGGGCAACAGAAGCAGAUCUGAUGUGUUUCCUGUACACGUCCUUGUGCUCACGCUAUUAAAAAUUCUUUUGCACACAAUGUUUAUGAAAAGGUCUCAUCCUUUUCCAACAACACAUAUGCAAAAGCAAAAGAAAAACCCAAGACCUCACUUUAUGCUGUUUGUUGUUUGAUAGAUUUAUUAAAAAGAAAAGAGAAAGUCGAUAGCUAUAAAUCUUUAAAGGAAUAUGAUGAAUACAAUCCCCCCAACCUUCCCUCAAAAGAGAAUCCAGUCUACAGCCAUUUGAAAUGAUCGUUGCUGCUACAGAAGUGCUUUAAGAGAAUUGCCUGGAACAUCUGUAUUAUCCCGGCCACCUGCCAAUCACAGCUUUACUCUUUCAGGUCACUCUGGGGCUGCCUCUUGCAUGUAUUAAUUACUAAAUAGAAGGAUCUUUCUCUCUUUUCUAAGAAAAAUGAUGUGCACUUUGAUUACACAACCUUCUCUAACCCACGAUAUCAAGACCCAGAAACUGAAGAAAAAUCUUGUUUUCUCAUGCAUACAGUGAGCAGACUUUUCAUUCCUCUGGUUCUGUGGUUGUCUCGGUGUGCUAGCCUACACCUCCACCUUGUUUAGCUUUCCUUUUCUAGAACACUCUGAAUUGCUAACCUUACUAACACCUAUGAUGUUACCUGAAUCAAUCUCCCAUAUGUAUGCUGUAUGCUAUUAUAAGACUCCUGAGAUAUACUUACUCUGUGCUUGUGUAUGUGAAUGUUAAUGCAACUAUUACCUAGAGUGAACUUUAAGCUUUAUUGUUGAAUGUAAGCCCAUUAUAUUUCCUUUUGUACACCUGUGGAAAAGUGGAAUAGUGUUUUUUUUAAAACCAUUGUUAAUCAGCUUUUGUGUAUGAAAGACACAGUAAAAUUUCUUUCUUAAAUCAAGAUGCUGGUGAUUCAAGGAAUUUUAUUUAUGGUCAGCCAAGGGCUGUCUCUUGCCAAGAAUCCUGCUGGCAAGGGAAAAUGGAUAAAGCUGGUUUUUUUUUUUCCUAGUAAGAAUUCUGGAAUAAAUACUGAAGAAAGUCCCUGAGGGUAUGCAAGCACAAAAUUGUACCAAUCUGACCUCUUUGAAUUUGCAGACUGCUUUGAAAUGCUAUCCGGAAUAUCAGCUUGUAGAAAGUAAUAAAAUUUACUGUUACCAUAAAUAAGACAUUUUAAGUUUAUUGUGCACAACUUAGAUGUUUGAUUAAUUAUAUUAUCUACUUAAAAGCAUAUAAAAGAGGUAGGAGUCUGUUUUAAAAGGCAUAAAAAAUCUCAAAAAAAAAAAACCUGUCUUGUCUACUUUUAGCUUCAUUCUCCCAUAUUUUGAAGGGUGUGUAACUUCAGCUCUGCAGGAUUGCAUGGGGUAAAACUCGUUGACAGCGCAUGUGAACCAUUGCUACAUUGUAGGUUGUGAUCAUUUUGCCCCACUGAAGCCCAUGUAACUGACCUUACGUGCCUUUUGAACUAGGAGAAUCGGGCUAUAAUUUAUUAAUGAUGAUAAUGAUAAUGUAUAUGUACAGCACUUUUUAACCUUACAAAGUGCUUUCCAAUUCGUGUUAGUUAUUAGUUAUUACAGCUGUAAGGAUAAAACACGUCAUGUGGAUUCAUUUUUAAUUGGUGCUAUUGGUAUUUCCUCUGUUCUUGCUAAUAAAUGGAAAUGGUGGUGUGAAA